AUGCUCCGCGCGCCGUCUUCGCCGCCGCCCGCCGCCACCGCCACCGCCGCCGCCACCGCCGCCUGGUGCCGCCCUGGGCGGGCCCGCGUGCGUGUGAACGCCGCCGCCGCCGCGCCGCACCGCUUGAAAUGCGGGACGAACAUUUGGCGCGCUCCACGUCUUGCCAAGCAACCUCCGCGCAAGCUCACUGAGAAGGUGCUACAUGGUCACUGUCGUGUGGAGUUCAACUAUUAUAAAAAAGAGUCGGUGUCAUCCAAACGAUAA